UGGCCAGCACCCGCGCGUGAUCGCCAAGCCGGGCGCCGCCGACGCCACCGUGUACAUUGUCCUUCGCCCGAGCCCAGCUUUUAGUGCGCGCAACUCCUUCGGCCCCGGCGACCGCGCGCAGCGAUGCCCCGAGCGACGGCACUCGGGCCCCUGGUGUCACUGCUGCUGCUCCCGCCGCUGCCCCGCGGCGCCCAGGGGCUCGGGGAGCACACGGACGCCGCCUCGCACUCCUCGGCGCUGGAAGGCGGAGAGAGCGUGGAGCCGCAGCUGGUUUACCACGACCCCUGCAAAGCCGCUGUCUUUUGGGGCGACAUUGCUUUGGAUGAAGAAGAUCUGAAGCUAUUUCACAUCGACAAGGUCAGAGGCUGGACUGGGCAGUCGGCAGAGGGGACAGGACAUGGCACAGGUGGGCUUGAAGAGCCGCCCUUGGAGAGUUGGCCCAAUGCGACAGCCACGAACGCCAGCAGCGAGGGAGCCCGACCGGAUGGGAAGGAGAGCGCUGUGCUUCUGCCCAGCCCUGGGGCCUCCAGUGCCACAGCGGAGACCUUCUCCCCUCGGGUCCGAAGAGCCACGACCUCCAGGACAGAAAGGAUAUGGCCCGGAGGGGUCAUCCCCUACGUCAUCGGAGGGAACUUCACCGGAAGCCAGAGGGCCAUUUUUAAGCAGGCCAUGAGGCACUGGGAGAAGCACACCUGUGUGACCUUCAUAGAGAGGACGGAUGAGGAGAGCUUCAUCGUGUUCAGCUACAGAAACUGUGGCUGCUGUUCCUACGUCGGGCGCCGAGGAGGAGGCCCACAGGCCAUAUCCAUCGGGAAGAACUGCGACAAGUUUGGCAUCGUGGCCCACGAACUGGGCCAUGUGGUGGGGUUCUGGCAUGAGCACACCCGGCCAGACAGAGACCAGCACGUCACCAUCAUCAGAGAAAACAUCCAGCCAGGUCAGGAGUACAACUUCCUGAAGAUGGAAGCAGGGGAAGUGAGCUCCCUGGGAGAGACGUACGACUUCGACAGCAUCAUGCACUACGCCAGGAACACCUUCUCAAGAGGAGUUUUCUUAGACACCAUCCUCCCGCGGCGAGACGACAAUGGCGUCAGGCCACCCAUCGGCCAGCGCGUGCGGCUCAGUCAGGGAGACAUAGCUCAAGCCAGGAAGCUGUACAAGUGUCCAGCGUGCGGAGAGACCCUGCAGGACACCACAGGAAACUUCUCUGCACCCGGCUUCCCCAACGGCUACCCUUCCUACUCCCACUGCGUCUGGAGGAUCUCCGUCACUCCAGGGGAGAAGAUAGUCCUGAACUUCACAUCCAUGGACCUGUUCAAAAGCCGCCUGUGUUGGUACGACUACGUGGAGGUCCGGGACGGCUACUGGAGGAAAGCCCCCCUGCUGGGUAGUCCAAACUCAGAUGCCUUCGAGGAUAAGCCAUGCAGAGAUGAGAGUAACAGCGUAAUGCAGGCAGGGAGGUCAUACUUUGCAGCAUAUGCAUCUACCUGUGGGGGAGACAUUACCAAAGAUGCCGGUCAGAUUCAAUCUCCCAACUACCCCGAUGACUACACCCCUUCCAAGGAAUGUGUCUGGAGGAUCACGGUGUCAGAGGGCUUCCAUGUGGGACUCACCUUCCAAGCCUUCGAGAUCGAGAGGCACGACAACUGUGCGUACGACUACCUGGAAAUCCGCGAUGGCCCCACCGGGGACGACGCCCUGAUCGGCCACUUCUGUGGCUACGAGAAGCCCGAGGACGUGAAAUCCAGCUCCAACAGGCUGUGGCUGAAGUUCGUGUCCGACGGCUCCAUCAACAAAGCGGGCUUUGCGGCCAAUUUCUUCAAGGAGGUGGAUGAGUGUUCCUGGCCGGACCACGGCGGCUGUGAGCAGCGCUGCGUGAACACACCGGGCAGCUUCAAGUGCGCCUGCGACGCCGGCUACGAGCUGGCUGCCGACGAGAAGGCCUGCGAAGUGGCCUGUGGUGGCUUCAUCACCACGCUGAACGGAACCAUCGCCAGCCCCGGGUGGCCCCAGGAGUACCCCACCAACAAGAACUGCGUGUGGCAGGUGGUGGCGCCCGCGCAGCACCGCAUCUCUCUCCAAUUUGAAGAGUUCGAGCUGGAAGGCAACGGCGUCUGUAAGUAUGACUUCGUGGAGGUGCGCAGCGGCCUGUCCCCCGACGCCAGACUGCACGGCAGGUUCUGCGGCUCCGAGACCCCCGAGGUCCUCACCUCCCAGAGCAACAACCUGCGUGUGGAGUUCAAGUCCGACAACACGGUCUCCAAACGCGGCUUCCGGGCCCACUUCUUCUCAGACAAGGACGAGUGCGCCAAGGACAAUGGCGGCUGCCAGCACGAGUGCGUGAACACGCUCGGGAGCUACCUGUGCCGGUGCAGGACCGGCUACCGGCUGCACGAGAACGCGCGGGACUGCAAAGAGGCCGGCUGUGUGCACAGAAUCAGCAGCGCGGAGGGGACCCUGGCGAGCCCCGACUGGCCCGACAAGUACCCCAGACUGAGGGAGUGCACCUGGAACAUCUCUUCCACCGCCGGCCACAGGGUGAAACUCACUUUCCAAGAGUUCGAGAUCGAGCAGCACCAGGAAUGCGCCUACGACCGCGUGGAGCUGUUCGAUGGCCCUGACAGCCAGGCCCCCAGCCUCGGCCGCUUCUGCGGCAGCACAAAGCCAGACCCCACGGUGGCCUCGGGCAGUAGCCUGUUUCUCAGGUUUUAUUCGGAUGCCUCGGUGCAGAGGAGGGGCUUCCAGGCGGUGCACAGCACAGAGUGCGGGGGCAGGCUGAAGGCUGCAGUGCAGACCCGAGAGCUCUAUUCCCACGCCCAGUUUGGGGACAACAACUACCCGAGCCAGGCCCGCUGCGACUGGGUGAUCGUGGCAGAGGACGGCUACGGCGUGGAGCUGGUAUUCCAGACCUUUGAGGUCGAGGAGGAGGCCGACUGUGGCUACGACUACAUGGAGGCCUACGACGGCUACGACAGCUCGGCGCCCAGGCUCGGCCGCUUCUGCGGCUCCGGGCCAUUAGAAGAAAUCUACUCUGCAGGGGAUUCCCUGAUGAUCCGAUUCCACACAGACGACACCAUCAACAAGAAAGGCUUCCACGCGCGGUACACCAGCACCAAGUUCCAAGACGCCUUACACAUGAAGAAAUAAGGCCGCCGGCCCGCGAAGACAGGCACGAGAAUGUUUUCACAGUCGUAGCACCUUGAGAAUCAGUCCUAAAACAGUGUACAGUGUUUUUCUUGAACGAAAACUCAAAAUCCAGCCUUGGAGGUAAACAUUUGGAUGAAGGUACACCUAAGUUUGGCGAAUGAGGAGGAAGGAAGACGUUCCUGGGAUUCCCGCUGCAGUGUUACCAGUCCUGGGCUUCUCGAGACGAUGACAUCGUUGCCACGCAGGCUCAUCCGUGUCCGUCCUCCAGGGGGCAGGAGGCCAGCCUGGGCCUGG